AUGGGACACACAAAGACAUUAGAGAGAGCCCAGCGCAAGACUGAGCGUUCUCAUGUGGAGAAUCAAGAGCGUGCUUACAUUGCUGCUUCUAGGCGUGCCGACAGAAGCACUGAGGCUCGUGUCAAAUCCGCCCUAACGGCCAGCGAAAUUCACAAGAAGCGGACCGGCAAAGCAUUCCGCAUUACCGAGAAGAUUGUCCUGGAGGAAGAGAUGUACGAGGAGGAGGACGAUAAUUUGUCCCGUUUCCACAGACUACUUGGCCGUCACAUGCGGACCGCCUCUGCUGAGAUGGACUCGAGAGUAGAUGCCUAUCUCACGAACCAUCUGACCAAGUCCCAGCUGCUGUCGGCAACUGAAGCCGACUGGCGCGACAACACAAUCAACCGAACAUUCGCCCACUUUUUCCCCUUUGUCGACCGACAGGCUCAGUAUUUCUCCCGGCGAUGGUCCACGUCUGGUUUCCCUACGCCGCUAUCUCAGAAAGGCCGAGUGUCGAACCCCAAGGGUCAGUCACGCGAUCCAAACUUCGACAGCGUUGACUACGGACAGCAACCCAGCCAUGAUGGGUGCAACCGCUCGCUACCAGGAAUAUUGUCCUCUAAGAUCAAGGACGCGGGAGCCGCGUCCCCUCCCGCUUUAAUGCCGUCAGAGCUUCAUGCCGGAACGCCUCAGUCACGCCCUGCCUCUGUCUUUAAUACCGUUAUGCCUCCUAGCUCCAUAAUGGAGAACUCGGCAUUCACCGCUGAACUAUCUCUAGAGUCUAAGAUGCUAAUGAGCGGUGUCAGUCCCGUCGACACAGUUAGCCCAUCCCUCUACGGCGAGGUCCAGAGUUGGGGAUCAUCCAACGCCCAAUCAUAUAAUAACGACUCACUCGAAUUCGACACCAAGGAAGAAGGAGAAGUUGAGCUAAGCCUUGGCGGCGACCAAUACCCUGAGUCAUUUGUGGGGGUAUACUCGGGUCCCGGAUACGCCACUCCAUCCAAGAAUCAGGCUGAGGAGCUUUCAUGGGAUACUUUCAUCAAUGACAAUGCCUCGAACAUUGAGCAGCAAUAA